AUGGGAAAUGAAUCGAGUAGACUUGAUAAAAAGGAGAGUUCAACGAGAGGUGGUGAAGUUGCCACGAGUUUUGAAAGAGCAUUAACGGAGGCACUGCGCGAGAUUAUCGAAGACUGCCAAGAUUCAACAAGUGUUACCCCAGAACAAAUACAACACGGAUGGGACCCCGCGGAUUGUUCUGCGAACAUGGCAGUCUUAGAAGACGGAGUAACAGCACGACGAAGCACACGAUCCAUGCAAACUGAUGCCAUUAGAGGAAAAAAAGGAUAUCGUUCAGGGACUCAUACAUUUGAGUUUAAAUGUAUUAGCCGUGAACGAGGUUCACAUGCCAUGGUUGGCAUAGCUACGCCCGACGCUCCACUGAGCUGCGAUGGCUACUCCAAUUUACUGGGCUCCACAAGCGCAUCUUGGGGGUGGAACCUUACAGAUAGAAACCUUGUUCACAACGGUAAAGUGAUUGGUAAAUAUCCACCCAAAUCAAAUUACUCUGUACCAGAUACAUUUUACGCCAUUCUGAAUGCCGACAAAGGAAUUCUCAGCUUCAAGGCUAAUGACGAAGACCUGGGCGUGGCGUUCAAUGACCUGCCACGGCAGAAUCUAUUGAAACCACUUUGUGUUGCCACCUGUGCAUCAAAAGACAGUUGUGACAUUCGAAUGAAGUACAUGGGAUGUAGUGGAAAAAUCACCCAGUUCAGCGAGACUGGCGAACAAGUUGUAUCGACUGUCGCACCAACUGGCCGUACUUACUACACUCUGCACCCAAAUUGCGGAGAUAAUAUACAACUCAUGCACAAUGGACGCGUCGCAAAACGACAAAAUGCGGGAGUCGAUUUUAAUGAUGGUGUAGUUAUGACGGCUCAGCCAUUAAAGACGGAUGAACUGUUUGAAGUUCGUCUAGAUACCAAGGUAGCGCGAUGGAGUGGUUGUCUUGAGAUUGGAUUCACCAGCAACGCGCCUGACAGCUUUCAAAUUCCGCCCACUAUGACGCAAUGCAAAGAAGGAGUAACCCUUAUGUGGAGUGGUUCUAACAUCAUGAAGAAUGGCAAGAAAGUGAUAGAACUUGACACUGAUUUAGACGACUGUAGUAUUGGCGAUACCAUUGGUAUUGUCCGUAGAGACGACGAAUCGUUUCACCUUUAUUACAAUGGUGAGGUACUUAGGAGAGCUGUUCGAUUGAGGAGUACGCCGUCCAUUGUAUAUGGUGUGAUUGAUUUGUAUGGCCAGGCCGAACGUAUCACAGUAUUAGGUACGCAGUUAACUGGAUCUCUCUCAGCCUCUCGGGCGCCAGCAAAGACCAAAAUUGAGGCUACUGGUAAUGAUCCCAACUCCGUCAUGAUGAGAAUGAGAGAAACGUUGGAUCUGAUAAAAAUGGGCUCUGAUAUUGACAUACGCACAGUCUCCAUUUCUAUAGCGCAGCAUAUUCUUCAGCCUUAUCACGACACAGAAAGUGAAAGACUCCGCCAAAGAUUUGGUGACCAUCUUGCAGAUAUAGGGGCGGCAGCUGAACUUAAACAGUUACUGGAGCGCUUGAAUGCGAAGGGAAUGGGCAGUGAACAUGUAUGGUUAGGUAUGAACGUGGUUCGUAGUAGUUGCUGGAACUAUUCGGAUGCAAGUCUCCGGUUUUGUAAACAGCUUGGUCAAUGUGGUAUACUGGAAAUGAUGUUGAAAGAUUUAGAUCGUUAUGGACCUCAUAGUUCCACAGAUGAGAAAAAGCGUUUUAUUGUUGUAUCCGCAAUGAGCAUCCUUCACAACUCUGCAAAGGCUACUGAAAAUAAAGAUGUAUAUUUCAGGCUUCGUGCAGUCCAGAGAAUCUCACCAUUUCUAAAGUCCAAUGACAAAGAGUUGGCCAGCGAUGCUUUGUUAACCUUAUCAUAUGUGGUGGAAGACGACAAAGUUAACCUAUUAGAAGCAGAUUCACAGUCGAUAACCAUUAUUCUGCAACGUCUCCAAAGUGCAUUGACAAAUCCUACAACCUUAAGAUCAGCUGAAGGAGGCUAUUCUGCCCGGGAACUUGUCACGGGGCUUGGCAAUAUUGGUGCUAAUGACAAGAACAAAAUGACCAUCGUAGACAACGGUGCCGUGCCUUUGUUAGUAGACCUAAUGAAAGUCGACCGUCACGCCGAACAAGAAUGCGCUGCUAAUACACUGUGGAUUCUCGCCCGACUAGAUAGAAAUAAAGGACAAAUUGCCAAAAAUAGAGAAGUGAUCCCGACGCUCACAAAACUCACUGCAAGUUCGAACCUUGCAGUCAAACAAGCAGCAGAUAGGGCGCUGAUGCGAGUGAAACCCGUGUUUGGUCUUACCCAAGUCUAUAUUGGACCUUCAGCUGACGUCAAAUGUGCGUAUAGAUCACUAUGUGAGCGUUUUAAAACAUCCCUAAAAUUAUCUGAGUACUUCUUCAAUGAAGAAUAUGAUAUGUGUUAUUGUACAUCCUGUCACUGUGCCAGAGGUGAUAAACUAUAUUACGCUCGUGGAAACCCAGCAAAGGACUAUGGUGUUCCAAUGGGAUGGUGUCGAUUUGCCUUGAAAGUUCCAGAGCGAGCUAAGGCUCUUGAAGUUUUCGAAAAAUGGCAUGUUGCUUUCCAUGGAACUACUGUGAGAGCAGUAAAACCAAUUCUUGAAGGUGGUGAUCUGCUUUUUCCAGGUGAUAUUAUACUAGGGGGAAAAGAGCUUCGCGAAGAAGAUGGACACUUUACUGAUGAUUUUAAGCCAGAGGGAUUUGAUACAAAACAAUUGUUUCUUUCUCCCAGUAUUAGAUAUUCGGGCUGUGAUGUAUACGCAAAGACCACCGAUUUCAAAGACACUUUGACUAAAAAACGUUACAAAGCCAGGGUGGUCUUCCAGGUGUGCAUCAGACCAGCUUCCUACAAAGUUGGAAGGGAAACUAUAGCAGCUGAAGAAGAGAUUGAUCCAAAGUUUAGCAAUCAAGAAAUUGAAUGGUUUACUAAAGAACGUGGAUGCGUCAUUCUUUAUGGUUUAUUGGUUAAAAUGGAAUGA